AUGUUUCAAUCGCGUUCUUUGGUAGUUUUGAUACUUAUUGUGCAUAUUGCUUAUGCCAAUGUGGUGACUUUUAAAAAUUCGAAAUUAAAUAAAGUUUACAAUGGUCUUCGUGUAGGUGGAAAAAUGGAAGUUUGUGGAGAUGCUACACUUCAUGUCAGCUCUAUCAACGACAGUCGGUGUCCCGCAAACGUAAUGUGUUUUUGGGCUGGACAAGCGAUGGUUCAAUUACUUCUUUCCAAUAAAGUAGAAUCGACUACUAUGGAUAUAAUAGCUGGUGCAAGUGCUCAAGCGACAUUGGGUACCAAUGUGUACACUGUUACUCUUGAUGAUGUCAUCCCAUAUCCCGGAAUGAAUAAAAAUCCAUCGGAAGCUAUCGUUACAGUCACAUGUUCGUAA